CAGUAGACUACUUCUUGUUUCCACGCAGUGACAGUAAGUUGACUCACUGUUCAAGACCUCUCCUCUUCACUUCACUCUACUGCAGGGUGGGAGAUGCAACAAUGGCCUUGAGAACAGCAGGAAGUGUGUUGGGGGUCUUUCUCUGGUCUGUAGCAGUGGUACUUGGUCAGUAUGUCUGGAGUGUGACUUACACCACUCAGAGUAUCUGUGUCUUGGAGGGGUCAUCAGUGAAUCUGUUCUGCUCUUACACAUAUCCCAGUGGUUAUACAGUCACAACAACCUUCUGGUUCACUAAAUGGGGGACUGGUGUAGAACCUAAAGAUCUAGGUCAGGACCCAGAGUAUGCAGGUCGUCUGGAGUAUCAUGGGGAUAAGAAGAAAGACUGUACCCUGAGAAUCACAGACCUGAGAGAGAGAGACUCAGCUACGUACAGGUUCAGAUUUCUAACAGAUCAGGAAGGAGGGAAAUAUUCUGGAAGUCCUGGAGUCAAUCUGUCUGUAACAGCUCUGCAGGUGAAGGUGACUCCUGCUGCAAAUGGACAGAAGACACUGACCUGUAUCACCACCUGUACUCUGACUGGCAACCCCACCUACAUCUGGUACAAGAACGGACAACAUCAACACGAGAGAACCUCCCCCCAGUACAAAUACUCAGUCUACAGUAACAGUAAAGACAGCUACUCCUGUGCUGUAAAAGGCCAUGAGGAUCUCCCCUCUCCUGCAGUGUGUGUUCAGGGUCAGAGCUGCUACAGAGUGACUUACACCAAGAGGAGAAUCUGUGUCUUGAAGGGGUCAACAGUGGACAUAUCCUGUACUUAUGUUGGUUAUUAUUACACCACAUCAUCAUUCUGGUUUAGAAGUGAUAAGUGCCCCAGGGACCUAACCAGAGACCCAGGGUGUUCAGGGUCAGAGAUGCUACAGAGUGACUUACACCAAGAGGAGAAUCUGUGUCUUGAAGGGGUCAACAGUGGACAUAUCCUGUACUUAU